AUGGCUCCCGCCGCCGACCUUAGCUCGCACGUCCACGCGGCCGCGGACGCCGCACCCAAGUCCCCCGCCAAGCCGAAGCAAGAAGAGAUCAGUCCUGCGGCGGCCGACGUUGACGACGACGUGGAGGCGGGUGGUGGCAGCCCGGGCGGCGACGGCGUCAACUACGUAGCGCGCGCACAGUGGCUCCGCGCGGCCGUCCUGGGCGCCAACGACGGCCUCGUCACCGUGGCCUCCCUCAUGAUCGGCGUUGGCGCCGUCAACGAUUCCAAGCGCGCGAUGCUCGUGUCGGGCGUCGCGGGGCUCGUGUCCGGCGCCUGCAGCAUGGCCAUCGGCGAGUUCGUGUCCGUGUACGCGCAGUACGACAUCGAGGUGGCCCAGAUCAAGCGCAUCCGCGGCGGCGACGGCGACAGGAGCAACCUGCCGAGCCCGAUGCUGGCGGCGGGCGCGUCGGCCCUGGCGUUCGCGGCGGGCGCCGCGCUGCCGCUUCUGAGCGGCGGGUUCGUGCGGACGUGGGCGGGCAGGGUUGUGGCCGUGUGCGCGGCGAGCAGCGUCGGGCUUGCCGGCUUCGGCGUGCUGGGCGCGUACCUGGGCGGCGCGAGCGUGGUGCGGUCCGGGGCCCGGGUGCUGGUGGGAGGGUGGCUCGCCAUGGCCACCACCUACGGGGCGCUUAAGCUCUUCGGAGUGCACGGCGCUUAG